UCGUUAUCCUCAUUGACUUCAGCUGGUGAGGUGCGCACUAAGAAAUCAGAAAAUAUAUGUGCCCCUCAGUCUGAAACAGUUCACACGUUCCCUCACAAUAGUAACCACUGGUUUUUACUGCAAAAUGUUUCAACUCCUGCUUUUUUUUAUAUUCAUGUGGUUUGGAUUUUCAUCAGCCAUUGUCAAUGUGAAUCUAGACAAGCACUGGAACCUGUGGAAGAAGAAGCACAGCAAGGUCUACUCUCACCAGAUCGAGGAGCUUGGCCGCCGGAGAAUAUGGGAGUACAAUUUGGAGUUGAUUAAUGUGCACAAUUUGGAGACCUCCCUGGGUCUACACUCAUUUGGCAUGGGCAUAAAUCAUUAUGGAGAUCUGACAAUCGAGGAGAUGGGUAACUUGACUGGUCUGAAAGUGCCCACAGAUCUGGAGAGGGGUCCAUUCAACCUCAAUAUGGUAAAUGUGUCUCUGCCAUCAGCUGUGGACUGGCGGAAGAAGGGCCUAGUGACUGAAGUUAAAACACAGGGCUCAUGUGGUUCGUGCUGGGCGUUCAGUGCAGCUGGAGCUCUGGAAGGGCAGCUGAAGAAGUCCACCGGGGUUCUGAUGUCUCUGAGCACUCAAAACCUGCUAGACUGCUCCAACAAAUAUGGUAACCGUGGCUGUGAGGGAGGCUUUAUGUCAAACGCAUUCAAAUAUGUCAUGAGAAACAAGGGCAUCGCUACAGAUAAUUCUUACCCUUAUCACGGCAAGCGUGGUCAUUGCAAGUACAACCCAGAUUAUAAAGCUGGCAGCUGCUCUGGAUACACUUUUCUACCAAAAGGAGAUGAACAUGCUUUAAAGGUCGCUGUUGCAACUGUUGGCCCAAUUUCUGUGGCUAUUGAUGCUUCAAAACCCAAGUUUAUCUUCUACAAAAAUGGAGUGUACAAGGACAAAUCCUGCACCCAUUCAGUGAACCAUGGGGCGCUAGUCGUGGGCUAUGGGACAGAGGCUGGACAGGACUAUUGGCUGGUCAAAAAUAGCUGGGGCACAGCAUAUGGAGAGGACGGCUACGUCAAGAUUGCCAGAAACAAGAAGAACUUAUGUGGCAUUACCCUUUAUGCAUGUUUCCCAGUCAUGUGACUGUAUUUGAGAUGCUGUUUUAAAUAUACUAUUUGAUUAUGUAGUUAUGUUUAUCUAUUUUCACGUCUAAAAAGGAGAGUGCAAAUUCACUGCAGAUGUAGUUUUAAUUUUAUUUCCAUAUGGUUUAUAGUUUUUCUCAUAGAAUUGGAUAAAUGGCACCAAGUGCAAACCCCAGCAUAAUGAACAACUCACAUAAAAUAAUACAGCACCUUUUCAGCAUCACUAAAAUAAAGUCAAUAUCAAGUAAUAAAUACUGAAAGUACCAAGAA